AUGAUCCCAUGUGGUCCGGUCCACCUACUUUUUACAAUAACUCAGUUUAAGUGUUACAGAACAUGGCUUAACGAAAACACCCACACAUUAAACUAAAAUUGGUGGGUACGUGGCACUCAUUCAUUGGUUUUUUCUUUACCCAUGGCCUGAGAAACAGAGGAUCACUGCUCUCCCCUCAUUCCAAAUUCCGCCUUCAAUAAUUUUGAUCCACUCUGUUUCAAGCUGUCAUAAAAAUGUCGUCUUCUUCUUCUUCUUCUUCCUCGCUUAAAACCCAUUAAUUCAACUUCUUCGUAAGCAGCCAGCAACGAGAUCUGACGAGACGAAACGAAACCAUCCCGACACUAUGCUUCGUAUUAUCCAAAUCGCUCUGCUUUGUCUCGUUCUCGCCGCCGGGUUCUCGAUCUCCGCCGUGAUCGCAGAGAACGAGUCUAUAGACGAGAUCCUUCUAGCAAACGGAUUGCCUCUCGGGAUAUUUCCGAAAGGAGUAAAAGGGUUCAGCGUUAACGGCGAAACGGGACGCUUCUCUGUUUAUUUGAAUCAGUCAUGUCAGGCUAAGUACGAGACCGAGCUGCAUUACAACGCGAGUAUCUCGGGUACGAUAGGUUACGCUCAAAUAUCGGAUUUAUCCGGAAUCAAGGCUCAGGAGCUGUUCUUGUGGUUUCCGGUUAAAGGAAUCCGUGUUGACGUGCCUAGCUCUGGUCUCAUAUUCUUUGAUGUUGGUGUUGUUCGCAAGCAAUACUCUUUGGCUUUGUUUGAGACACCUAGAGAUUGUUUUGCUGUUCGUGGUGAUAACAAGGUUCAGUCUUCUAUGUUGCCAUUGUAUCAUAUAGGUCAAACGCUUGGAAAAGACAUUGUUUAGCCGGAGUUUAAGAACUGUUGUUAUACUAAUACCAGAGAGGAAGAUAGAUGAUCUCAUCAAAUUCUUGAAGAUACUUGUUACUGUUUUUGAUCUCAGAUCUUAGGCAUGAUUCAAAUUCAGAUCUCAUCAUCAUUCUUUUCCUCCCUCCCAUUCCAGUGUUGUUUCUGCAUUGCUUUCUCUGAUUGCGCGAGAGGACAGAACCCGAGAGAGUUUGUGACCGAAAGUCAGAAGGAAACAACAACAAUGUCUCUGGUUGGUUUGGAAAAAGAUGUUGAUUUGAAUGGCUCAGAUUUGGUUCAAGUGAUGAUAAUAUUGAGGUGAUGAAUGUUUAUUAUUGUAUUAUUUUUUAUUUUAUUUUGAGUUUUGUCAUUUGUUCUUUGUCAUGUAAGCACAGAUAUAAAUAAAACAUUAUCCUGUAUUUAGCCGAAUAAAUGUCAUAUAAAAAUAACUUGGAUGUGCAUA